AUGGUUUUUAAAUCCGUCGUCGUUUUUCUCUUCCUAACUCUCGUUGCCUACUCCGCCGUCGCCCAGGUUCCGGGACCAGCACCAACCAUAUCUCCUCUCCCCGCCACUCCUCAACCGGCUCAAUCUCCAAGAGCCUCCGCACCAGCACCUUCAACCGUAACCAAUCCGCCUUCAUUAACUCCUAUUACCGCUCCGGUGAGUCAGCCCCCGGCUGAUUCUCCGACCACCACCACCUCCCCGCCAGCUCCUCCGACGUCUCUCUCCCCUGCUGGAGCUCCAGCUGGCACAGAUGUUCCCUCUGGACCUGCUCAAUCUAUGUCUCCUACUACCGACUCUCCGAACGCCGCUUCAAUGAACGUUGCCGGAUCUUUAGUCGGAGUUUUCUUUGUCGCUGCUUUGUUCAUGUAG